AUCAUGUUCGCCAGGGACGCCAAUGGACACACUGUCCAGCUCCUCAACGAUGAUGAGCCUCAAAAAGCUCCCCAGGUCCAGUAUCAGCCCAUGCCUUACCGCGCGCCAUCCAGCUUUGGACAACCCUACCACCCCGCCUUGACCAGGAGUAUCUCGUCGUCACCAAACACUCCAGAGCUGCUUCGAUCCGACUCCUAUGACUCUCAAAUGAGCAACGAGCCCAUCUCUCCCAUGACUCCCAUCUAUGACUAUAGCCGGGGUUACCCUAUCGAUACUCGGCCCUACGAGGACUACUCCGACGCUCACAGCUACAUUGGUGCGAAGAGGCCGCGCACCAUGAGCGACAGCAGGUCCAUGUCUUAUGAGGAUGACGCUGCCAGCCCGGCAGCCACCGAAAGGGCCGGCAAGCGCUAUCCGUGCAGGUAUCGGGACAGCCAUGGUUGUGAGAAGACCUUCACUACAUCCGGCCAUGCUUCGAGGCAUUCCAAGAUUCACACUGCCGAAAAGGCUGUCCCUUGCUCGUUUCAAGGCUGCACCAAGAAGUUCACACGGGCCGACAACAUGAAGCAGCAUCUGGAAACACACUACAAGGACAAGUCGCGCUCAUCUGCCCGGCCAUCUCUAGCUGGAGAGCGCAAGCCUUCUUCCUCAGGAAAGUCCUCCCGAUCCAAGUCAACAACAUCAGUAACAACCGUCGCCGCUGCCGCUAGCCCGGUCACACUACCACUCACACCUGGGGUUGGGAGUGCCUGGGACAUGCGUGGACUUAACCUUCCUCUUCUGAGUCCCUCGGUCGCCGUGCCAACGCCGAGUAGCGGGCUAGACGCUCUGGCUAUGGCAGUCGCCUGCCAAGAAGGGUCUUCUUAGUCAACUCUACAUUUUAAUAUGACCCUUUUUUUCCCCUUUCAAAUCUGCGUCUGUAUUUCUCGGAGGAUUGAGCAUUUGUGUCUCGCCACUGCCAGCUGACAGGCGUGUUUGCUGUCAGACAUGACGUUCCCGCCGCGCUUUCGCUUUUAUGACGCGGGUUCUCACAUUUCCGUUGUCUUGGAUCCUAUGGGGAAUGGUACAAAACAACCCUCACUCUAUUCUCUUGUGUUGCGAAGCAUGCAAUAUCUUACUGGGGUCGGUACUUGUCAAAAAGGCCUUUUUAUGCCUGGGAUUAUACACUUACAAUUUAGAGGUCAUGUACACGCAUGGUGGAGACCUUUUUUUCUUCUUUUUUUCUUUUUCAUUUUCUUGCAUUCAAUCAUCAACAUGAACUGGGAUUAGGCAACAUGGAAGAGGGCAAGGGGUAUAUUUGCUUAGGGUACGGCGCAAUCAGGGGUGAAGUUGUUUCUUCUCGUCAUCUAUCCGACAACAGACCGAUCAGGAUGGUGGCCGUAUGGAAUGAGUGGCUUGGCGUUCUACUGUCCAAGUGUAUCAAUUUUAGGGUUUGCAACUGGCAUUGAUAUCCUCUUCUUGGUUACACAAUAAACACAGCGUCUUAUAUAGUUGAAAGACCAAUAACAAACUUGACAAAUUGUCCAUAC